UUCUUUUUCGGCGAUCGAGCAGUCAUGACGCAAUGAAUAAUAAGCCUGCAAGGAACCAGAUUUGCUAUCAAUAUGAGAACCAAAACCUUUACGAGAAUUUGGACCCCGGACCCACUGCUUCGGUAGGCCGUGGUUAUGGAAAGGAAGAAGACUCAGAUGACGAAAGUACUCCUUUGAUUCCAAUUGCCAUCCCUCAAUUAGUGGAGAACAAGAGGAGAGAUAACUCGCGGCCUGCAUUUGGUCGUGUGGUUAUCUUUGCUGAUAAAGCAAAUAAGAAUCAAAUACAGCGUGCAAGGAGUUGCAGUCCGACUGCACAAUCGAGAAAUAACAUGAUUGAUGGUAGACCUCAAGGAAUUUUAAAAACCUCCAAAUCCAGUCAUUCGACAUUUCAUUAUGAACCCACCACGACUACUCGCAUUCAAACUACUGAAGGGACAUUAAAUGAAAGGAUGGACACCAGAAACAUUGGGAAUUUUACAGGAAAAUCAACUCUGCAAAGAACAAAGUCAAAUCCUGCCCCAUCCAGUCUGAAAAGAAUGGACAUGAAUAAGUCCAUACCUGUUCGCAUACCGAGUCCUCCAAAAUUGGAAAAUUGUCCUUCCGUUAAGCUAUCUCGGUCUAAUCCCCUUUUAAAUGUUUCUUGGAACUGCCCUACUUUAGAGAAACGUAAGGAAAUUAUCCUCAACUAUUUCAAGAAUUUCAGUAACAGAAAAGACAAGCACCACGAAACUACUGAACCGAUCUACGAAGAAAUUAGAGAAAAAUCCAAAGUCUUUGAAGGUGCAGAUGAUACCGACAUGGAUUCCCUUUUGAAACCGAAACUUUCCCCAAAGAAAGUUCGACUUAAUUUACUUCCAACCUAUAACGUAGGCGAGAACGUGUACCAGCUACCAGUUAACAGAGAAUUGAAUCGAUCCACCUCAUUCUCUAAUGCACCACAAAACAAUCGAGUUGAAUAUGCAGAUUUUUCUCCAAAUUCGAAUAGAGAUGGUAAAGAUUACUACUUUGCUAAUAAACAGCAAGCAACAAAAAAUUAUGAUUCUGCUUCAAAAAAUUUGGAUCAUGUAAAAAUUUCAAAUCAAUGGAUAAUACCGGAAAUUGUAAUUGACGACAACAACAAUAACAACAUCGAAAGUAAUAAAGCCAACAACAAUAUCAGACUUGGUAUGGCUAAUUUUGCAGCUCAGGUUGCACAGCAAGCAAAGGCUAAUCUUUCUAAAAAGAUCGUCGUAGGUGGUCGAAGCCAAAGUUUUAGCUUUGGGGAGUUGAGCAACAACUCGGCCUGCAGUUUGAACAAUCUUGACUUUGAUGAUGUAAACAUAAACUCCGACGACUUAAUAUCCAAAGUGGACGACAUAUAUCUUCGACUUGACAAACGAGGCAAAAAGUCUGGAACCCCAACUACAAGGCUGCUAAAACGGAAUCAGAGCCAAAAUAUCGAGAAUAGAUCGUUGAGAACAAGACGAGAAUCUGAUGACAACGCUCACAUUAAUGCUUCCACAAAUAUUGUCUCAUCUUUGCAAUCUUUUCUCGCUACCAAAAAUUUUGUGUCACAAGUUGACUUAUCCCUAACAAAGGAAAAAUCCAAGCACUGCUCAAUUUAUGCAAAUGCCAACAUAGGGCUUAAUUCUCCCUCGAAUAGUGGGAGUUCCGAUGUUGAUAUGAACAGUGAUAAGGACGACAAAGAGGUGAUGAGUAACGGAAAUAAUGCAGAGUUGUCUGCAAAAUCUGAAGAUUCUGAGACGGAGAGUGGAUUUAGCAUGGAUUCAACUUGUGAGGAGGUUAUUAUUUUUGCCAAGGAGGACACCGUAACUACUAACCCUGUUACUUCUAAUAAUAAGAAGAAGCCCAUUUCUGCAUCAGAAGAUUCUUGCUACUCUUGUACCAAUUCUUCCAACUCUUCUUCUUCAUCUUCUGAGGAGGAAAGUGAGAGUCGACGGCAGCAGCAGCAGAGAUUCAUUUCAACGGCAGCCCAACAAAAUCCACCUUGCAGACCUCCUCGAGCCACCUCCAAGGCAAAACCUGCGAAGAAAAUUACUCUGUCCUACGCGUCUCAAAGUCUUGACACCCAAGACACGAACGUGAACAGUAGCAGUGUCGUCGUCGAGGAAAAGGAGCAAGUUAGCAACAACUUUAUUACGAACGUGAGCGUGGAUAAAGAUCAAACCGAAGGAGAUAUAUCUCGAAAUCAGAAAGAGUUCAUCAAUUUGACGGAUUUCCCACAUAUUGAUUUGCAGACCAGAAAAAAAUCAAUUCUCACAAUCAGUGUCAUUGAUUCCACCCAAUCUACCCCAACCUCGUAUCCGGUCCUGAUUGACGAGAAAGAGCAAGAAGGUUCACACAUUGCGGAGAAUCUCAGCAGUACUCAAAGCACCACAAAUCCUGAUGAGCCUUCUUCUCAUCUCGGUUGCUUGAACUGGGCAGAUUGGUACCGGUCUCUGAAAAAGGGAACUGUGCAUUUGGAUGACAGCAGUGUUCUUGUUACUCACCACACUCCCAAAGACAAAGGGAAACCGAGAAACGACGCUUUGUCUUCAUCAGCGUCUGCACAAAAGAGCGGAACUGAUUGUUAUUGCUGCUCUGCCACUAGCUUUGAUUUGGAAAAUUUUGAUAGCAAGUUGACUAUUGGGAGUAGUGGUGGGAGGCCGUGUGAGAAAAGCUCGAUAAUCGAGAAGCCGCAAGGGAAACAUUGUCAUUUCUCUGAAGAGGACAACGUUAAGCAACAAAGCAGCACAAUAAAAAUGUCGGCUACCAGCUUAAUGACACCCACCGCAUCGAUUCAAGGUGAUAAAUUAUCCCCGUCAAGUGGACUUUUGAUUGAAACUCAGAAUUUGUGGGACACUUCUUUGUCACCAACCUCACCCAAUUCCCACUCGUCAUCCGACCCAGACUUGCCAGCUUCCUCCUCAUCUUCCACAACGAGUGAUAUAUCAGAAACAUCAGUCCAACUUGCCACCAUCAUGACCGACGCUGAAACAAGAAAUCAGUUCAUUCGGCAGGAUUCUAAAUAUUAUGAUGAUGCUGACAUUGACGCUGAAGAGGACGGAGGGUUUGAAAGCUUCCAAGUUUUGGAUGCUGAUGGCGAAAGAUAUGAAGAUGAGGACGACGGAAAUUCCAACAGCGACGAAGGUCAAUUCCUUGGAAUCAGUGAAAGCACGGCUUCUCGCCAACUAACUUUUUCCCAACUCUCCCAAAAUAUUCCGGAAAAAGAGUUGAAACAAAAGGCAUCUACAGUGCUAGAUUUGAUCAACGCCGAAAUUUCGGAUCUGCACACAAGAGAGUUGGAGUUGAAGAAGAAGAACCGGACUGCGGACGGGAAGGGAGACUACGAGGGGGAAAGUGAGGACUUUGUGGAGGAAGGGUCCUCUCAGGCGGACUCUGACGACUACUCGGACUCUGCUGUCGACAUGGUGGAAACCUUCUCUCGCACCUCAAACUCUUCGGGAAAUGUGACCCCAGCGGACAGCAACGGGAGGGACAAGAGUGAGGAGCGAGAGAGGAGCUCAGGGUCACCGCCUCGAACCGGUGGGUCCUUCAACCCAGCGGAAGUGGGGGAUAACAAGGUGGUGGUGGUGCAAGAUCAGAUCAUCACUUCCUCAUCGUUGAUGACGGCGGGUAGUUUCACGGAUGAGGAUGAAGCCCCCUCGAGUGGAACCACCUCGGGCAAGGUUGGAGUUAAGGUCCGACCCAUUGUUGAGGAAGAAGUUAAAUCCAUUGAACUCAGCGUGGAGAAGGAGACACCAAUCGAGCGAGAAAUUCGACUUGUACGUGAGCGUGAAACUGAAUUCCGUCGUCAAAGAAUUGCCACCACUGGGACGUCGGCAGAUUCGGAUGAACAAUCGUUUCCAACAUCCCCGACCAACAAUAAGGCGGCGAUCGUUAAUCAUCACGAAGAAGCGUCAAAGAAAAUUACAACCAGCGGUAAAGCCAGCAAUGUUAUUGCCAAUGUCAAGUCCAUUUUCGGGACCGAUGGCAUUUCUGCCGGAGGAUCGUCAGGUCAAAAGGAUCUCCAGUACGAAAUGGCAACCGCUAGACUCAAACGCGAGAUGGAGGAAAACUUGAUGCGUGAAAGGGAACUUUUCCAAGAAGGGAGAUUAAAGUCAUUGAGUGCCCCGGAACCUGCUGAGGUCGCCGCUUCAGACGAGGCAUCAAAUGUGACAGAGUCUGAAAGCGCUACGCCAAACAACGAGGACGAUGCUGACGAUGCUUUCCAGGAUGGGUCAGACCCAGAGGAGAAAGUGGACGAGUCACAAUUUACGAUUGGUGCACGUCGAGCAGUGGUACGAUUGCCAUCCGAACCUGUCAGCAGCCAACUUAGUGCCGGCCCUCAACCAAAUUUCCAAACCUCUUCCGUCGCCCCACAUUCCGCACCGGCGGUUAAUAACAUGCGGUUCUUUGCCCCUGCUGGAUUUUCCCCUCAGUCGCACCACUCCUUGCAAAGGGGGUCGUCCUUCUCCUCCACCCAAACCCAGUCCCUCCCAUUCUCCAAGGCACAGUUUACUUCCAUUGAGCGAAUGAUUUUGAAGGGGAGCUUUGCCUUCAACAAGAACACCAUUACGAUAGAGGAGCCACAGAGGAUGCAGGAGGAGAUGAGGAUGAACAAGAUAGCUCUGAUGCCAGACCCCCUCCAAAUUGUCCACAGGGUGGAGUCCAUUGACGAGACUGAGGAAGGGGGUGAAGUUGAGCAAGAGGAGGUCAAACCGAGGAGAAAGUAUGUUCCGGCACAGGAUAAGAUUCAGAAGGAGCUACAGGAACAGAGCAAGCGUGAGAAAGAACUAUCACAAUUGCGAGCCAAGUGGAAAUCCACCCCAGACCUGUCCAAGUCAGAUGAUAAGAUUGAAGGGGAGGCUAUUGGCGUAGAUCGCGACGUAGAGGGGGAAGGAUUAACAAAACCUAGUGCACUUCGGAGGCAGAUGAGCUCUUCCACACAAAAGCUCACAAUUAUCGACGAUGUCACCACAACAGACGUCCUCAGAAUAAAUAAGCCCACUGUUCGGAGACGACAGUCUGCUCUGAUCAACCAAUGGGAAGAAAUGAUAAAGCAACAACAACAGAAAAAUAAUAAAAAUUAAACAUAAUUAUAGCUGCAUGACUUAUAACUAAUCCUGCACGCUAUGUAUAUUUAAAUACAUGUAUGUCGUAUGUAUAACUGAAAUUAAUAUCCUGCAUUGAGUAGGUUUAGUCAAUCCGUGGAUAACAGCAACGGUGGAUAUAGAUUACCAUUUAAUAAUUUACUAAUCAUACCAAUAGAGCUAGAUUUUAAAUAAUUAUUUUCAAGUACAGAAAGAUUCGAAUUAUUAUUGACAUUAUAUUAUUGACAUUUACUUCAAAUUCCACAUUAUAAUUAUUUUAUGAAUACCAUUAUGUACAUUGCACAGAGUCACUAUAAGCUUUCAUGUAUCCUUCUUGUUUUAAUGUACCCAAAGAAUUAACAGAAUUGAAAUUAUGUAUGUGGGAGUGAACCGAUGUCAUCACUGCACUGAUAUGACUUAUGAUGUAUUAUACAUGAACAUUAGCAAUUAAACAACUUUAUAUUAUAUAA